GUUCUGUGUUGCCUUCAGUGUACCUCUACAAACGGACAACACUGCCGUGCCUUUCUCCUUCUCUUUGUUCGACAUAACAAAUUUGAUUCGGACAGAGACACAGAAGAGGAACUUUUUAUCAGUGUCUUUUUCCCCCCCACCUAGUACAUAUCCUGAAUACGUUUUUCUUUUGGACUAUCAACAUCGCGUGUCAGGAGUAGCAGCCGCUAAUCUCUGAUAUUUCCCAUCUGAACGCGAAGGCGACAUUAAUCACAACGGUAACCGGGUGCUUGGUUUCAGUGGCAUGCCGGUAAAUUCUCCUCAAACGCGGCGGUGAAAGAUGCUCCGCGACAAUUUUAACGGGUUAAAGGUCGGUAACGACCGAGUUAGCUGCGUCACUUUCUUUCGAGCUCUCCGCCUUUGCUCGUGUUGCACCAUGAAGCUGGUGUGUUUUACCGAAUAAGACAAAACACCUGAGCAAAAAGUGUUUUUAUUUUUUAAUUUUUUUAACAAAAAGAAGACGACAUGUUUGAAGUUUCUGGGAUCCCAUACAUCCUGUUGGACAUCACUUGCCUCAUUCUCGUGGGACUCCCCUUCUUCAUUCUCACUCCUCAGCACAGCCCGUUCAAACGAGGCUUCUUCUGCGAUGACGAGUCCAUCCGCUACCCUCUCAAAGAGGACACCAUUUCCUACCAGCUCCUUGGAGGGGUCAUGAUCCCCUUCACGCUCAUUGUCAUCAUCUGCGGCGAGUGGCUUUCAGUCUACCUCACCCACAUUAAGAGCAAGAGGCUUGGCCACAAGUACGCAGCUUGUGUCUACAAGGCUGUGGGCUGCUACUUGUUCGGGGCGGCGGCCAGCCAGUCUCUGACAGACAUCGCCAAGUACUCCGUCGGGCGUCUGCGGCCCCACUUCCUGGCCGUGUGCAAGCCGCAGUGGGAUCGCAUCAACUGCAAAGCCGGCAGAUACGUGGAGAACUUCACCUGUACCGGCGACUCGUUCCUGGUGGACGAAGCCAGGCUGUCGUUCUACUCUGGUCAUUCGUCGUUCUCCAUGUACUGCAUGUUGUUUCUUGUCCUGUAUAUCCAUGCCAGGCUGAAGGCCAAGUGGGCGAGGCUCCUGCGGCCCACCGUCCAGUUCUUCCUGCUUGCCACCGCCGUCUACGUGGGUCUGUCCCGCGUGUCCGACUACAAGCACCAUUGGACUGACGUGCUCGCCGGCCUCCUGCAGGGCGGCGCCGUGGCCUUCUUCACUGUGUUCUGCGUGUCCAACUUCUUCCAGCAGCCCGUUGAGGCGGGCGUGUCCCAGGAGGAAGGAGGCCAGCACACCAGUUUACAGGAGAACCCACCCAAUUCUAACCACUAUGGCAGUACUGACUGAACCCCCCCCCCCCACAACAUCACUCUGGCUUGAGGAGGCAUUGAGAAGGGUGCAGCACAUGCACUUUACUGAGCUACAAAGAGUUUUGAGGCUUGAUGUGAGCUUGCUGCCUAGAAGGAGUGACUUUUUACAACAGUGUGCGCUGGGUGGAUGUGUAGCGUGUGUCACCGAAGAAGGAAAUUCCAUUUGCUCCAAAUAUCGGGUGUGCUCGCUGCAAGCAGGCUUGUAAGGGAGAGCCUGGCACCUGUAAAAACCUCCGCUGUCAUAUGUACACCACGCAGAAAAAGUUAGGAAUGUACCGUUUGCGAGCAGCAAGAUGUGCAAAAAGUACAGAAACACUCAACAGUUGAACGUGUGCAUUCAGAAAAUUUGAAAAGAUCCAAUUAAGUUCACCUGUACAGAUGAGGGUCAUCCUGAAAUUUCACCUCAAAGAUGAGUAUUCAUAAAUUUUGUGAGUAGUGUAGUGUAUUAUGCAUUUAUUUCCCCCAUAACGUAACUGAUCCUGGGUAUCUUAAUAACAUGUCUGUGGCAUGUUUUUGUUAAAAUACCCCAAAGAUCAAGAACUACAGCAUAUUUUAUACACAAUAUUUCUCGUAGCGGCACGGUGGACGACUGCUCAGGGCGUCUGCCUCACACUUCUGAGGACCGGGGUUCAAUCCCCGGCCCCGCCUGUGUGGAGUUUGCAUGUUCUCCCUGUGCCUGCGUGGCUUUUCUCCGGGCACUCCGGGUUUCCUCCCACAUCCCAAAAACAUGCAUGGUAGGUUAAUUGAAGACUCUAAAUUGCCCGUAGGUGUGUAUGGUUGUUUGUUUAUAUGUGCCCUGCGAUUGGCUGGCAAGCAGUUCAGGGUGUACCCCGCCUCCUGCCCGAUGAUAGCUGGGAUAGGCUCAGCACUCCCGCGACCCUUGCGAGGAUAAGCGGCUCAAAUAAUGGAUGGAGGGAUGGAUGGAUAUUUCUCGUAUUGCUAAGAGUAGCCUGUUUUAGGGGCUGGCCCUGUCUCAUGCAAGUGAGGCAGCCCUCAUAUACUGCUAGGCCAAUGGCGAGUCCGGAUUUUCUCACAAUGACGACCGGUUUGCUUGAUCUGGCGUGAGAGUGCGCUGCGGUCAGCUGCUUGCUUCUACUUGUGGAAGCAGAGCCCAGAGUAUCAUGGGGGAAAAAGUCAAAUGCCCUUCCGGAGAAUGAAAGCAUUUUAACUCAUGGAUGCGACAGUUGAUUGUGUGUAUGUGGCGGAUGGACACAUCGGCAAACACGAAUACACCCCACUCUGCUUACCUCGUGUGAACCCACCGCUGACUGAAGCAACCACAUCAUAUUAAAUUCACAAUUGAUGGGUGAUGGGCAGGCACUUUAGACCCAACUAUUUGCAUUCAUACAUUAAGUCAGAUGCAGUGUCAUGUUUUUUACAUUUUUUUAUUUUGUUUUUAUUUUAUAAAUACAUUUCAUUCAAAUUUGUAUCAUAAAGAUGCUCCAAAUCAGGGGUGGGCAACCUUUUCAGUUAAGUGCGCCAAGGACAAUACUAAAUUUAGGGGAAAAGUAUGAUGAUCAUGUUUAUUGUUAUAUAUUGCAAGAAUUUGGGAAUUAAUUUAUUAUAUAUUUCAGCUUCUUUAUCACAAUUUCUUUGAGGUUUCAUUUGUUUUUAAGAAUUAAUGGGCCAGAUCAAAUGCUGUGGCGGGUCUGUGAGUGGCCCACGGGCCCUAGGUUCCCCACCCCUGAUAUUAGCAAUGCUGUUAAUUGUGAGAAAUAAAAACAUUUUGCUACUUUGUCAUAAAAAGAUUCCUACCCUGCUUUUUCAUUUGGUGUUUUUGCAAACACAUGUAUGGACUAAUGUUGCACAAUCUAAUUUUAAAAAAUAUAUCAUUAGUAUAAUGAUAAUAUAUAUAAUAAAUAUAUAAUAUGAAUCAUUUCUUUUCUUUUCAUGUAUAUAGUCAAGGUAGAGGGAAUUAUAAAUGGUUCCAAAUUGCAGUCAGUGUUGACACAAAAUCUUCACGAGAAAGCAAAAAUAAUGUGAGGUAGAACAUCUGAACUUUAUUUGGAGUUAAUCAGCGACGCUAAAUGGCGGCAGAUUUAGUAUGAUCGCUUCAUUCUACAUGAUCUCAUUUAUUUUUACCUUCCCUCCUUUAUUGCGUCGUGCAGAGUAUAGGUCACAUUUAUGCUGGAAAGGGUCUUUAAAAAAGAUUUUUCUUGGUCCCAUUAUUUUGAUAUUACCCAAAAACUGGCAUUUGAACAAAGGUGUGUAGACUUUUCAUAACCACCCUAUGUCCUAGAUUCCUAUAAUGUUGAAAGUCAGAUUAUAAUACAGCCAAAUAUACGGUGUAAUAAAAGGGAAUAUAUAAAAACAAUCAAAACAUAAACAAAACCACAGCAGUGAGCAUGUUGUUGUGAAUAGCUACCUCUCCGACAUGUGUUAUUAUGCGUCAAGCUGAAUAUUUACCGUGUAAACGUCCAGUUAGCGUAUCCUGUACACUGAAAUGCAAACGUGCAACAAUAGCUUCUGAGGGUUUCACGUCAGUGAGCCCAACCACAGAGACCUCUUGAGAUCCUUCACUCUCAUGAGAGUGAACCAGUGUAGCCUUAGGUGCACUUCUUUGGUUUACGAAAUGGCACAUUGGCGGUGACUGUACGUGUCACGAAGACAUUCAUCUGUCAGCUAUGCAGCAAAACACACAAGAAAGCCUCAAGAAGACGGUUGUUAUGAAAACCGGUUGGGCAACACGUGAAGUAAACGCAUGCCUGCGUAACUGCUGUACAUGCUUGCCGUGUCUUUGAGUGCAUCACCACUCACUUUUGCCCCCCCCCCCCCAAACAAACAAAAAAAUCCCAAUCAGGUAUUAUCCAACUGCACUUAUUCAGUCCAAAGGCUAGGAUUUAUUUAGUACAAGUAAUGUACCUUUGUUCAUGUAUCUAUACUAGUGAUGUAUCAUGACAGUCAGAAAAAUGUAAAUGCUAUUCCACUAGCUGGCAGAAGGUACAAUUAACCUGUGUCUCCACUUGUUGUCAUUGACAGAAUAUUAGUGGCUGGAAUAAGUAUUGUGUAGUUAGUUAAUUACCAUCUGCUUAGAAAACUCAAGUCAUGUGUGCAAGUGAUAUUUCAUUUAUCAUAUUGCCCACCUUGUGCCAUUUCUGGUUCUAUAGUUAUCAUUACACUGAUCACUGGUACCCUUCUGUGGUGGCAUUACAAAGGUUGUCAAUUGGAUCAAUUUACUUUUUAAAGAUUCUUGAUGUGGAUGUAUCUAGUUUCUAUCAUAUUCAAUUCAAUUAGGUACUCUUGUACAAUCAAAUGAGAUCCAGUGGAAAAGCUGCAAUAAUGAACUAUAACAAGCCUUCCAUUGAUGAGAAUGUUCAUUUUGUUUGUGUAUUGGAUCUCACUGCUGUGAAAGUGAACCUGAUAAUGCGGUAGGGAGUGAAUGAGAGCUUCUAUUACAACUGCAAACAACGUU